AUACGACGCCGUCUCAUCGUUCUCUGAAAAAUGUUGCCUUCGACGGCGUAGUAACGUGUGAAAAAAGGCGUAUUCUCCUUCCUUCUCCGCUUCUCGCACGUUUCCAAUAUUCCUUCAUUUUCUCUCUUACCCCUCUCUCUCCGCCUUGUUUUUCCACCAAAUCUCUCUCGCCUAUGUUUUCCCUAAAUAAUUUAAGUUGAGGACAAUAAUUUGUGGCUCUUGAAAGUUGUGCUUACUUAACUUUCUAAGUAGUAUGAUUCAAGUUGUGAGAGUGCCUAUGGAGAUGGUUAGAUUUCGAAGUUGAACCUGAUUACUGAAUGGAUAAAAAGCAGCAUAUUGCGAUUUUUACAACUGCCAGCCUUCCAUGGAUGACUGGAACUGCUGUCAACCCUCUGUUUCGUGCAGCCUAUCUUUCAAAAGAUGGGGAGAGAAAAGUCACUUUGGUGAUUCCGUGGUUAUCUUUGAAAGAUCAAGAAUUAGUACAUCCCAACAACAUCACGUUUAGCUCACCAUCUGAGCAGGAGAAAUAUGUCCAUCAGUGGCUUGAGGAGAGGGCUGGAUUCAGAUCUUGUUUCAGUAUACGUUUUUAUCCUGGGAAGUUUUCAAUAGAUAAAAGGAGCAUUCUUCCUGUUGGAGAUAUUUCUGAAAUCAUUCCUGAUGAAGAGGCAGAUAUUGCUGUUCUUGAGGAGCCUGAGCAUCUUACAUGGUAUCAUCACGGGAACAGAUGGAAGGUUAAAUUCCGCCUGGUUAUAGGAAUUAUUCACACCAAUUAUUUGGAAUAUGUGAAGAGAGAGAAGAAUGGACGAAUGAAAGCAUUUCUUCUUAAAUACGGAAAUAGCUGGGUUGUUAAUAUUUACUGCCACAAGGUUAUCAGAUUAUCUGCUGCCACACAGGAUUAUUCCAAGUCAAUCAUCUGCAACGUUCAUGGAGUCAAUCCCAAGUUCCUUGAGAUAGGAAAAAAAAAGACAGAGCAACAACAAAAUGGGCAACGAGCCUUCACGAAAGGUGCCUACUUCAUUGGGAAAAUGGUAUGGAGCAAAGGCUACAAGGAGCUAUUAAGACUUCUUCAUGAUCACCAAAAGGAACUAGCUGGGCUCGAGGUUGAUUUAUAUGGAAAUGGUGAGGACUCUGAUCAAGUUCAGGAAGCUGCUAAAGAGUUGGAACUAGUUGUUAGAGUUCACCCUGGGCGUGAUCAUGCUGAUCCUCUGUUCCAUGAUUAUAAAGUGUUUCUGAAUCCAAGCACCACAGAUGUGGUUUGUACCACCACAGCUGAAGCACUGGCAAUGGGCAAAAUUGUUGUAUGUGCCAAUCAUCCCUCAAACGAAUUCUUCAAGCAGUUCCCAAAUUGCUGGACUUAUGAGGACAGCAAUGGGUUUGUGGAAGCCACACGCAAGGCAUUAGCUGAAGAACCUGCCCAGCUGACCAAUGCACAGAGGCAUGUGUUGUCAUGGGAGGCAGCCACAGAACGGUUUCUGAAGGCUACUGAGCUGGACCAGGCACCUGCAAAGAAACUGUCAAAAAUUCCUCCAAAUCCAAAGACCUUUAUGUCCACUUCUUUGAAUUUGGGGAGGAGCAUGGAGGAUGCAGCAGCAUAUAUGCAUUAUGUGGCUUCUGGGUUUGAAGCAUCACGAAAAAUAUUUGGUGCAAUUCCAGGGAGCUUGCAGCCAGAUGAAGAACAACGCAAAGAGUUAGGGUUGGCCCUUCCUGAAGGAAAGCGAGGCUGGAGGAAAUGAUAGGUUUAUGCUUCUUCUAUGAUAUUGGCUUGGGAUUCUCUAUCAAAAAAAAAAAAAGUCUGCUUAAACUGAAUACAAGAAGAACCUUAGUAAUGACAUAGAUUGGUAAUAUGUUCUGAGAAGCCACCAUCACCUAUCGACUAGUUUGAACUCUUACCUUUUUCAUGUGUAGUAAAGUGUUCUGAUUAUAGCCCAACCAUGUCAACAUAUUAUAAGAACCGGUUUCCAUGAUAGAAGAAUUUUAGCACUAAUAAGAUCUUGAUUGUACAUUGAAGAAAACGUCUCUACAUGUUCUAAAAGGAAAGUGUGGUUAUGAUGGUCAA